UCAGCACCGCAUUGCCGCGCCUCCUUCCUCCUCCUACUUCACACGCACGGAAGGCAGAGAGAGGCGACCCAACCGCCCCCUCCGCUGCUUCAGUUCGUCCGCUCCAUCCCGUGUCUAUUCCGAGUGGACGCCAACACACACAGGCGCAUAUAUAGGUAGCUUUAUUUAGCUACGGCUGAAGAGAGCCUGAUUUACAAGAUAGGAGGAGCAGAUCUUUGAGGAGGGAGCAUGCCGACGGGAACCAUGAGGAGGAUGUUCGUCGAGUCGUCCUCGUCCUCGUCCUCGUCGUCCGGGAGCGGCAGGGAGGCGGAGCCGGCGGUGGUGCUGUGCGCGCCUCGCCCGCGCAGGGUCCACGCCCAGCCCUGCAGCGCCGACCUCAUCCUCGGCCCUCCCCCCUUCCUCCUCAACGCCUCCUCCGCCAACAACAGAAAGCAGAGAGAAGGGAAGAGCAAAACGCGGGAGGAGGACGAGUCGGAGGAGGAGGGGGAGGGGGGCUGGGCGCUGUUCGGCGGCUCGCCGCCGGCGCGCGCGGACAACCCGCUCGUCCACGACCCCCACUUCCUGCUCAACCAGCGAAACCACGCCGCCGCCGACUUCAACCUCGCGGCGGUUUUUGACCACCACCUCCACCACCACAGCCGCGCCCACCACCACCACAUCCCCACCACAUAUAGCAAUAGCAAUAGCCACAGUUUUGCCCCGUCGUACACGCACGCCGCGCCGGCGGUGAGGAUCCAGGGGUUCGACGUCGCCGCCUGCCGGGGCUCCCACGGCAGCAACGGCGGAGGCCGCGUGCUCUCCGCCCGCGCCUGAAGCCUGGGCCUCAGCCUGAGCCGAGCAGAGCCCACCCGCAAGGGAGAAGCCACCCACCGCCGUCGUCCUCACCAACCUUGUACAGUUUUCCGCCGGCCGCCGCGUAUGUACGUACGUACUACGUCUAGUGUACUGGUAGUAUCACGAUAUGCUACGUGUGUUCCUUGUGGUAUAUACAUACAUACGGGUUUACGUGAUGAAUUAACAUGAGAUGGGUAGCGAGGGUCGUCUAAAGACUAAGUAAGUUUAAUUAAGAGUAGUAGAAGAAGAAUGAUCAUCAGCAGCAGCAUACACAAAGAGGAUCGAUCAAAGGAGAGGAUUUCUAUUUUUACUUCUUUUUCCCCAGUUAGUUUUGUCAGGAAGUGUUCUGUAGAUAUCAUGAGUGUUAAUCUUUUCUAAGAAGGGUCGGUCUUUUCUUCCCCGGAUGAAGACGAAAGAUGGCCUGUGCAGUUGUGCUGGGCCAUCGUCGUGUUCAUCGCACCGCCAUGUAACCAUGGUUGUAUUUGUAAAGAAGAGAAUGGAAGGAAGGAAGAAAGAAGAAAGUGUGUACAUACAUAAACAUGUUUGUUAUGGAGCUGUACCAUGUAAUGGAAUUGCAUCAAGUUGAUUCAAACA